GCUCCAUCCACCAACGCGCUGCGGCUCUAGUUCCUAAGACAACCCAUAAAACACGCACUGCAGCCCCGCGAGCUGAGCUGCACGACUCCGCUGAGAGGAACGACUUUGAAGCACCGACACGACACGAUGCAUAAGAGCUCACCGACGGUAUAAAGCGACCACAACACCGGGCCUGAACCUGUUUUCUGCACAGAGGCUUCCACCAUCCUCGCAAGAUGCAUAUGAAUAGCUUAUCAAAUCAAUGGACGGACAUCACCAGAAUGUGUGAUGUGGACGUGAACCCCGAGCCCACCAGUCCCACCCUGUAUGGCGAGUCUUCCGACAAGUACUACCAUGAGGACCGCUGGCAGAAGCUCCGCACAGCUGUCAGAAAACUGGAGUUCUGGGAAAACUUUACUGCUGAGCUGAUCGGGACUGGCUUCUUCUCCAAAGUCUAUAAGGUGAUGCACAGCACCAGUCGGAAGGUGAUGGUGGUGAAGAUCUACAAAAAUGACGUGGACCAGGACAGCAUCGUACGAGAGAUCAGCCUGCUGCAGAAACUCUCCCACCCCAACAUCGUCAGAUAUCUUGGAAUCUGUGUGAAAGAAGACAGACUCUAUCCAAUCUUAGAGUAUAUGAACGGGGGCUGUCUGGAGGAGCUUCUGGUCGGGAAAGAUGUUCCACUGUGCUGGAGAGAGAAGGUGGAGCUGGCCUGUGAUAUAAGCAGAGGAAUGAUCUACUUGCACUACAAGAACAUUUACCACAGAGACCUCAACUCCAAGAACUGUCUGAUCCGGGUGACGUCUCGAGGUCGGGAGGCUCUGGUGACCGACUUCGGCCUGGCCAGGGAAGUGGUGGAGCCGCCAGUCAAAGACCCUGGCAGGAAGCUGUCCCUGGUGGGCUCCGCCUUCUGGAUGGCCCCUGAGAUGCUCCGAGGAGAGCCAUACGACCGCAAGGUGGAUGUUUUCUCCUUCGGAAUUGUUCUCUGUGAAAUUCUGGCCAGGAUCCCAGCGGACCCAGAGAUACUACCCAGAACACAGGACUAUGGGCUGGAUGUGAAUGCGUUCAGGGAGCUGGUGACUGGUUGUCCUCCGCGUCUCCUGGAAUUAGCAGCCAGCUGCUGUAUGGUGGAGUGCUUCAGACGGCCAGCGUUCACAGAGCUGCUGGAUGAGUUGGGGGAGGUUGCUGAGAGUCUGGAGCUGCUGCCAAAAUCUGACGUGACCACGAGCUGAGGGGUCCGUGUGGGAUGCCCCCCCCCCCAUCGGGAGUGUGGGUGAGUGAGGGCAGGAAGCUGACUGACCCUGAGUCCAUCCCUCUCUCUACGACACAACGCACCUCCAUGGAGACACUUAACUGAAGUGGUUUUUACAGGAGACUCCUCCGACGUCUCAUGGACACUUUGCUUUGACACGUUCUGUGUUCAAAGGAAUAGUGCUGUGACUUGGAAUGUUCUUCUUUAAAAUGUCUUAACGGAUUCUUCUUCCUCGGCGGAGUGUUUGCUUUCUCAGUCUGUUGGUGUGUUUUCAUCCUCUUCUAUCUACCACAGGUCAUCUUUUUAUAUAUUGGGAUAAAAAAAUGCACCAUGAACGAAUCAGAAGCUGAACAGAUUUGAUGGAUUUUAAAAGAAAGAGACGUCAACCUCAAACAUCAGCAUCACAUUUUAUAUUCAUUGUCAUUUUUUUGAUGUUGGUCUUAUUUUAAGAUAUUUAUUAGUUAGAUUAUUUUGGAAUGACACUAAGAACCUGUAACAUAUCAGCUUUUCGUGAACAAAGGACGCGCUGCUCUAGGCCUUGUUUCAGCGUGAUGAAUUAGCAUGUUUGAGAUAUUCUGUGGAUUUUGCUUCAAAGAACCAUACAUUUCUCAAUAGUGAAAUAACAAGAAGUGGUUGUUUUUAAUAGCAAAAUGCACAUUUUAUUUAUCUCUUUUUUUCCAUUGGUCAUAAGAGUUAAUUAAGUUACCUAACUUACUGAACAUGAGCGUGUUAAUAUUUAAGAUCUUUCUUUUUCUGACUUAUUUUUCAAAUUCGGCCACCUUUUGGGGGUUGAAAUUCCUUUUAUUUUACCAAUAUUUACUACUUUCUGCUUUGUGUGUGUCUGCAAUAUAAAAUGACCUUUCACAAAAUACACCAUCCUAUUCAAAGAGAUUCUUCCAGUUAUAUUUAACUUCUCAAAGUUCAGAGAUACAGAUUUAUUUUUGCUUGAUGUAAAUAGAACAUUUAAAUACAGGUGUUACACAAAAACACAAGUAGGCUUCUACAUACAGGAAUAAAACUACAUUUGGAAAGUCACUCACGAAUGGGAAGAAAUGAUAAAUUUACCAGUUAUGAAGGGGGUUUUCUACAUUUAAGGUGGACUAUUCACUUUAAACCACCUGAGGCCCACACAACUGUAUUUCAUAGGCUGCGUAGGCUAUGUUUGAAAGCUAGAGUGAAGACAUUGGUAUCAUAUGAAUGAGAAAGGUAUCCAUUUCCACAAUGUAAUGCUCAAAAGUUAGGCAACUUUUUGGCAUGGCCGUGUUCACAGGGGUCCAUUAACCAUUCACCUCAAGAUAUCUGGCUCUAUGGAAAACCACAAGUCGUAAACAGUGUAUUUGCAUAUGUCUGCAUGCUAGAAAUCGCUAAGUAGUCCUGGGAAAUUGGGUAGGACUUGAACGCUGAGAUUCUUGUGGAUCCAAUGAGUCCAACGUGGAAUGAUGCUGGUCCCAGUUGGAGUGAGACAAUUUUUUAAACUGGACAUUGCUGUAUAAAAUGACCUAUUGUGAGCUGAUAGCUAGGAACCACAGAAUGAGGACAUUCAGUAUGGUUUUCUUUGACAUAUUGACAGUAAGUGGGUUUCUAAAGAAAAGGUCAGAAGUUUAUGAUCCUUUAUCACAGGAUGACUUUUUCUAUCAUUUUUCAAGGUCUUAAUGUGGAAAUUUGGAGGGGGUGAAAAAUGUAAUGUGGCUCCUGAUCUGUGUAACACAUUUUUUAAACCCCCAAAAGUGUCUGCACAAACUGAAAGGAAAUGAUGGAGCAUGAGGAUGGCCAUAAUAUAGUUGCACCAUAUAUUAUAAGCCCUUAUGCACUCUACACUUAUAACUUGAAGAGGUGCCUAACCUACAAUGUUUACAUUGUUUAUUACCGAUUUAUUACUACAAUUACAUUUCUGGAUUAUAAUAAAAAUACAUUAAAUUGUAUAUUUUGCAGUUGGUAAAGGUGGAACUAACUUCAAUUACUUUUUAUUGGGGAUCGUAGUCCAUAUUUGUAUAUCAUAAUGUAUUAGUUGGUUUAUAUUGUAUUGAUAAACUGAACCUGGAAGGUAACCAUGGUUGUUAAUAAAUGUAGUGGGGUAAGAAGUACAAUUUUGCUUGCAAAAUGUAAAUGUGGAGAGGUAUAAAGUAUUAUAAAAUGGAAAUACUCAAGUAAAGUACCUUAUACUUAAGUAUAUUACUUGAGUAAAUGUACUCUGUUUCUUCCACCAGACAGGAUUCCUUAAACUGAGUCGACACAACUAACUGGCCAUAAAGAUGGAUAAACAACUGAUUGAUUUAAUGUUUUUUCUAGUUUUCUUCCACAGUUUUUCAGUGUUUGAUUUUAGUUCACUGCGCCAAAGUAAUGAUAAGAUAAGUAUAUGAUAUACUUAUAUAUAGACCUGAGAUUGAGUCUUAAUUGACCUUGUGUGUGACUCUAACAUCAUGUAUACAGGGUGAUAAUAGUGGUAAUAUAAACAAGGUUGGGGGGUUACUUUAAAAAUGCCUAUUACAAUUACUAGUUACCUGAAUGUAAUUUAAACGGUAACCUAAUCUGAGUAUCAAAAUAUAAAAGUAAUGUACUGUAACCUGAUUACUUUUUAUCACUUUUUGAUUACCGCAAUAUCAAACACAUAUGCAAAAUAAAAUACUUUACUUAAGUGUAUUAUUUAUGUAAGACAACUGAACAAUGAGAGGCCCUGCCAGUCAACACUAUUAUCUAAUAUUCAGGCAUGAACCUGUUCAUAAAAUAGUGUGUGUGAGCUUAACUGUGUGUAUUAAACUAAAACGGAGCAUUUUCUGUCAGCUCAGAUUUUAUUUUUGCUUUUUUAAACUGUAGUAUGUGCUCAUGUGUUUCAUUGUUGGUGUAUAGGCUGCUGCCUGAAUAUGCUGAGUGACAGGCAGCUUGUACUCAAAGUCAUUUCUGAUCCUAAAUAUCUUACAUAAUUCAAUUAAUAAAAAAACGUCUUGUUGA